AAAUAAUAUUUUGGAGGACAUUGAUUUCGCGACCAAGGGGACCGCUGCUGCCUGCUACUGCCACCACUACCGCCACUACUACCACCGCUACUACAACAACACUCCGGCGGCAACUCGGCGCCGGCACAAUUACCAUAAUAAUAAUUGAUUAAUUAAUUGACGGCCACGGCCGCGGCUCGUGAAAUAAUAAUUUACGCCGGUGAGUAUAAUAAUAUAAUAAUAAUAAUAAUAAUAAUAAUAUUGUAGGCGAUCGUCGCGAACCGCGGCGCGGUGCUACGAGCGUUUUAAUAAUUCAAAAUACGGGUAGGUGUGGGCACCUCGGAUACGACAACAAUAACAAUAACAACGCAACCGCCGGUUACCCACCCGCGUACACGAGCUAACCCUUGUCCCGGCUGGCUCGCCCGGCACGUUGUUCGCGUCGCUUAACGAUUGUCACGCCGCGUUUUGUUUUUUUUUCGUUAGUCACGUGUUUACGAGAUUCAUAUUAUGUGAUUUAUUGUCGUGUGGUACGGCGCACUUAUGUAAUAAUCUCGUAUUUGUACGAAAUCGCGCCCGGAAAACAAAACACAUAACGCGCUAUUAAUAGACGGGGCGCGAUUCGAAUGGCGGGCGGGGAGCACCUUCCCCGUUAAAAUUCCGCAUGUGACGGGCCCCCGCGCGAAGCGAGUACGCAGUACUUUCGCCUCUCGCGGACGACCCCACGGAGUUUCUUCGGAAAAUUUCGGAUUUUUCGCAAUUGUUUUCGUUUACCCGCGAAUUAUUGUACGAUUUUGUAAUUAACAACGCGCCCGGAUAAGUCGCGUCUUUGCGGCAAACCGACGAAAUAGGAAUAUGAUCGUUUUAAAACAGUAAUAACGUGCCGGACAAUAAUGUCGAUAGUUAGGGCUAAGGACUGCGUGACGUUAAUAAUGCGUUAUAGCGCUAAAAAAAAAAAAAAAAAAUGGAAAUCAUGCCAUCGUUAUAAAAUAGGUAUUUAAAACAAAAUUCGUACGCGUUAUCGCAGUGAAAAAUCGGAAAAUAUGUUAUUAAAACAUGCACUUACGAAAAAAUGAACGUAUUGUUGCCUAGUUACUUUGUAGAAUUCUUUCAUUUCAUUUAUGCCGCAGACACGAUACCAUAACGUUAUCCGCGUGAUGAUAAAAAUAAUUCAGUUCGUAAUUUCAAACAUAAAUCCAUGCUCGUAGCAAUGUCGUAGGAAAUCUUACGUUUUGUUUAUCAAUUUUAAAGAUAAAUUAAAAUAUACUAUUUCCGUUUGAUUCAGCGAAAUACGCCAUGGGAAAAAAAAAAUCAAAUAUCAUCGAAAUAUAUGCGCCGCUAACGCGUGGAAAAAAGCUGAAAUAAUAAGCAAAAUAUGCGUAUAAAAAAAAAAAAAAACUUCUACAAGUUCCCGGUGGCACGGAACUUUUUUUUUAUAUUACUAAGCUAUGAAUAAUUAUAAGAGGGAAAAAAAAAAAAAAAAAUGCUAACUCAUAAAAGUCCCAUCCCUGUUAAUAGUGUUAUUUCCUGUACGACGCGAAAAGGGCGACGCGUUACAAUCGCCGUAAACGUCGAAACCAGGAGUACUCUCGGGGGUUUUCGCACGCGCGAUAUUUCACGACGUAUUCGUCUAUUAUUUAUAGGCGUAGUAUAUUUACUAUGCCUAUAAAUAAUACGAUUUUUCACGGUAAUACGUAUUUGUGUUAUUUUUAUUAUCUUUCUUAUCUCUCGGCAUUAGUACUUGUUUAGUCUAUUGAAGUAUUAUUUCGGUAUUACAGUCUACCUAACCAAAUCGGUUUGCCCGGCCGACGAAAACGCGUUCGUAAUGUUUAAUCGUUUAUUACGCCCGUUGGCUAAUAAUAUAUUAUUGUGUAUUAUAUUGUGACGAGACGCAUUGAUAAUGAAACGAAACGAAAAUUUCAUUUCGACUCUUCUAUUUUGCACCGGCAUAAUACAGCACGGUCUGGACAAAUCGUAUUUGAUUUCGGUCGAGUGCCGAAAAAGUUGUUUCGGCUAUACACUGUCCAAUAUUCCGAUUAGCCGUAAAAUAAUACGGAAUACACAAACGCGCCGCGACACGCGUUUAAUCGUUUUUCAGGGUAUAGGAUUUGAAAACCGCAAAGUCAUUUGAUAACCACGUUUCAUUUGUAACGGCCUAUGCAUUAUAUGAACCCUGGGACCCCUACAAACCUAAAUCCGGCGCUGCACGUAUGCAAGUACCCUAUACUUGUAGCGGUGAAACCGAGUUUCAUUUUCGGGAAUGACGGGGCAGACGAUUUCAAAAAAUUUCUGGACGGAUUUUCGGGAUAGCAAACAUUACUAAUAUUAUUUCGGUAAAGUGCACGACGACGUACGCGUUUUUUGAAAACAUCCGUGUUUAUAUCGCAAUUAAAAAUUAUGUAAUUAUAGAAUUCUUAAAAAAAAAAAAAAUCUAAAAUUGCGGCGGAAAAGAAUUAUAACCAUAAAUCUCCCGACCCUCACGUGAUGAAAAUUCGAACAAAAUAACAAUUUAAUAGAUUUUUUUCCUGGGUCGUCGUUCGAAUAAAACCCGACCAUUAUACUUUUAUUAUUCACAAUAUAUAUCAUUUAAUUAUUUUGAAUAAUUCAUCCGAAAUCGUCCAUCGAGUGUACCGGACUUUAGACUGAAUAAAUCUCAGGACAAUAUAAUAAAAUAGUAGGAAUUAAUGUCAAAAAUUCAAUUGACUCCACGCAUUCACGGGCACUGGUACACGCACGUAUCCUGUUUAAAACUAAUUAAGAACUCACUUUACACUUUAAUUUAGUUAUUUAGCAUAAUAUCUUUGGUCCCGAUUGGCAAGAGGAAAAAGGGCCCAAGUCAAUUUCGUUAAAAUCUAUUUUCUAAUUCUAAAAUUACACGAAAAUGGGGAAAAAUUACCGAAAUCACGGAAAUAUAGAAAAAUUGAGAAACAAAAUUAUACGGUAUGUAAUUUUUCAUAUUAUAAAAAUUUUAAACAAAAAAAAAUGUACAAAAAUUAACCGGGGUCCCUUUCUUAAGAGCGAAGAUAUAUUCGUGUAACUUCGUGUGUAUAGGUAUGUCUAUGUAUUCAAAAAAAGAGCUGGUAGAUAAGGGUAGGUGAUUAUAUUACAAAAUAUACAAAGGAAAAGUGCAAUGAGAGGGGAGGGGGUAUAUUUCUCAUAUUUCAUGUCAUUUAACCGCCACUGCGGGUGUGCCACUGUUACACGGGGCGGACCAGUGAAACAGACGAUUUAAAAAUUGGUGGCAAUGUACCUAAUAUCGAUGCGGGUGCGCUGCUAUGUUAAGUAACGUUCUUCAUAUCUAAGUAUUUAGUUAUCAUAGACCGCAGAAUAAUUGGCGUUCGCUCUAAAACCGAAAAUAGGAUAAGAUUUGUUUGCCGAGUUGAUUAAUUUCUCGAAAUUGGGAUAUUCCAUUGGACCCCUUGUGGGCCUAAUAAUGGACUAGGACUUUUGAUUGAAGUAUAAAGAGUGGAGUAUAUACCAAAGAAUACCGAGCACAAAAUAUGACGAUUAUAAAGAUUAUAAGAAGAGAUGGUACAAAUAUCUUGGCCUUGACGAAUGUUGCUCUUCGAAAUGGACGUCAUCUAGCGGAUAUCAUUUAUAAACAUUUAGUAACAAAUUAACAUUUUUUAUUGUCAGUUUACAUAUAGCAUGUGCAUUAAGGCGGUUUAAAUAAAUUUUUUAAAAAAUUCCCCUAUAUAAGUGGGAAAUUGGAAAUGUAAAAUAUUUAGAAUGAUUUGAUUUAUAUCGAUACGUACCGAAAAACCGUAGCUUACAAAAAACAAUUCUGAGCGAAGUUUGGUUGAAUAUCUGGUUAAACGUAUGUUUUGAAUGGCCACAUUUUUACGAUUUGCAUAAAAAUUAUAACUUUAAACGCUUAAUAAAAAACUUUCUAAAUAUCUCAAUAUGCACAGUUUUUUUGGUGCCACUUAACAUAAACUAUGAUGAACCUUCUGUUAAAUUUUCAAGCAUUUCUGUUUGGUUGAACAAUUUUAUCCACAAAGUACUUAAUAAAUAAAAAUUAUGUAAAAAUAUUAUGAAUACAAAAAUUAAAAUGUCUAUAUAUAUAGCUUAAAAUUGCUCAAACGUUUUAAAAAUUACAAGUUUUCUAUCAAAAUUUUAAGUCUCUAUGAAUAUUUUUAACCGAAUUACAUUAAAAAACAAAAUUUAAAAUAAUAAAAGUAUUACUAUCGUACAUUUCCCCGUUCAUUCAACGUUGUUUUUCGAUUUUACUCAAUUAUUAAAAAAAACGUUUUACCAGCUAACAAGAUCGAAAAUUAAAAAAAAAAAAAAUCUUUUGUUGUUAUUUUUAUUAAAGCAAUUUUGUCUGUAGAAAACAUAAGCCGUAAAUAUUCAAACUAAAGAAAUCGCUGUAAAUUUAUCAGUCUUCGUGUUUCGUCUUUUUCUCGUUUUUCUCAAUUAUUAUUAAAAAUACUUAGAAAAUCAAAAAAGAUUUAAUUUGGAAGCAUCUUGAAUCAAAAUUCAACAAAAAAAGGUCUCGUGAUAUUUUUUAAUUGAAUCAAUAUUUCUUGUAUAAAAGUUUCCAAAAAUUAAAAGCAUUUAAAUCGCCAACGUCGUGGCCCGCGGAGCGCCUUAAAUAUUUGCUAUUUUAUCUAUAAUUUUGUUUCCGGUUUUUCCCAAUUAUUUUGAAAGCCUUUUGGAAAGUUAAAAAAAAAAAAGACUCAUUUAACGCACCGACUAGAUAAAGUUUUCUUUCAGAAGGUGAUACAUUGGAGCAAGUUUUCUGUUUGAAAAGUUGCCCGCAGACACAAAAAAAUACAACAUAAUAUAUCAUAGUAAAACCAAUAGAUCCUUCGCUCCAGUACGAAUCUAAAAAAAUACAAAUACAAUUCACUUUAGAUGUGUCAUGGUAGCUUACUCGUGACUCAUCGUAUUAUUCAGAAUUUUUGAAACCUGAAAACCUUUACUAUGCUACUUUUGACAUUUUUUUGAGGGAGGGGAGUUGGCUUUUGGGCAGUAUUGCAAGAAAACCUUAGAAUAUAAACUAUGGUGUAUACCUAGUCAGUGGCGUGUAGACAUGAUUUUUAAAAUGGGAAAUCGACAAUAUAGCACCAAUGGGCGAAAAGAGAAGUGGUGACCUAAGGACAAAUUCUCGCCAUUCAGUCGCAUCUCCCAGAUAUUUUAGAAGUUCUUUUUCUUUUCAAAAUAAUACAAUUAAAGUAAGUUUUCAUAAUUGAUUGAUUAGAUUGAAUAACCGUGUUGCUUAGUUCGUAUGCCAAAUAAAUUUAUUUUUGUACUUAUAAUAAAGAUUUAUAUGUAUGCCUACGGUUCAAAUCCUCAUUAUUUCCAUUCUAUAUAUACGCCCCUGUACUUUAUAAUCAGUUUUGUUAAGUAUUCUAAUACUUGUAUGUAAAUAUUUUAGAAAUACUAUUUGACUGAUGUAGUUUAAAUGCUUUUUUUUUUUAUCGAAUUUUUAUUCCAGAAUAUACAAUACUUGUUCACGUUACAAUUUUAAAUUUAGUAUUGUUUCUACAAUAAUAAUAUUUUAUAAUGGCUCUAGGAAUUCGUGUAGUAACUAAAUGACGCAUUAUAAUAUAAUGCAAUUUACCUAUAGCUGAAGUCAACUUAAUAAGGUCAUUUACAAUAAUAAUAUAAUUAAAGAAUAAUAUACGACAUCUAAAAUUCUUGAACCCAUUUAAUGUAAAUAGCCAUAAAUAAGUUUAAGUGUUCGUUUGCGAUUCGUUGAACGUAGAAAUCGUUCAAGGCAUAGCAAAUAUAACGAAAACAAAAAAAAAGAUUUGUUUUUAACUAUUUAUAUUUACAUUCAAAUACUUUUAAAAGAAAGUAUUUUAAUAUAAUUAUUUACGCGUAAAUAUUAAAAAAAAAAAAAAAAAACGUAUACCGAAUACAUUUGAGAAGUAUACAUUAAUACGUUAUUAUUAUUUGUAUAAUAUUUCGUAUUAUCGCUGUGGCGUAUCCUGAGACAUUUAAUAUCCCGUGAUAUAUCACAUUAUACAUACCGUCAUACAUAAUACACUAUAAUGUAUCGCGCACAUUAUAAAAAAAAAAAAUACAAAUACAAAUAUAUACCUAUAUAAUGUGCAUGUAUGGAAACCGCUAAAAAUUAUUUCGUGUAAAACCAUCGACGAUGAUGAUAAUAAUAAUAAUAAUAAUAAUAAUAUUAAUUUGUCGAGGGGAUUUCGAUGGUUAAACAAUCUAUUGCCUCGCCGCUGCUUUUUUUUUUUUCGUCUCUCCUAAGGUACCUAUAUAAACUUAAAAUUUUAAUCGCUUACAUAUUAUUAUUAUUAUUAUUACAACACGCCCAAAACGUAUAUUAUAAUAAUAUGCGUACACACACGUGUGUUUAUGUAGGUACGUAGGUAUAGUAUCGAUACCGGAAUACUUGAAUUAUAAUUAUAAAAUAAUAAUAAUAUGGCCGCCGUCGCCGUAAUGUACCACCGCACAAUAUUAUAAUAGGCUACUUAAUUAUAAACAUCAUAUUAUUUAUUAUAAUACCGUCGUCGUCGUCGUCGUCGUCGUCGUCGUCGUCAUCGUCGUAGUUGUAAAAACAUAGUAAUCGAUUUCACAUCGGUUUAUUAUUAUUAUUAUUAUAAGUUAUAAUUAUAAUUUAAAAAUUACGAGUUUAGGGAGCAGCGGUCGGCGUUUACCGCCUCCGGGCCGCUCGCCGCCGCCAACGAGAAGAGGAGAAAAAGUAAUAUUAUUCGUGUGUGCGUGUGUGCGUGUGUGCGCGCGCGCGUGAGCGCGUGUGCGUGAGAUGGGCUUAAAACAUAAUGACGCGGGUACAUAGUAAUAUAGUAUUGUGUGUAAUAAUUAUUACCCAUAUGUUUUCCGUUAAAUAAUUAAUUUUUUCCAAAGAUUAUCACAGUUGGUACCUAUAUGUGUAUAAUGCGUGUAUUGCGACCGACUACUCACUUUUAUACCUACACGUAAAUAUAAUACACGCGCAUCACACACAGACGUUGCCUAUAUUACGUUCAUAAUUCGAACGUAAAUUAAUUAUUAUAUACUACAUCACUACUGCUAUCCGCACCGUGGAAAUUCGUAAUAUUAUAAUAUAAUAUGCGUAUUGCGUAUAUUAUAACUGUACGCCGGGCACGGCGAUGUGCACAGACAGGAUUCCGGUCCAUUAUCAUUUUCUACAAAUUUUCAUUAAUUCUUCAAAAUAACACGAUCGUCAAUAAUGUAGACGGUUCCCUUCGAAAUAACCCCCGUAGUCUUCGCGUAUUUUUCGUUUUACGCAAAACUGAAAACGUUGAUAGAUAUCCGUUAAAAAGUAAUGGAGCAUUUUUCUAACCAAAACGUUUACAAAAAGUAAAAAAUAUAUAAUGAUUAGCGAUUGUAUGGGAAUUUUCAAACACUUUUUAAAUGAAAUACUGCCGAACCGACAAAAGCCGUCCUAGGAUAAUGGGGACGGGCGCAGCCACUGGUUAUAGGCAAUUUUAACUUGCAAACAACGAUAAAUCAUUGUUAACGAAAAAACGAUUCUGAGCGCGGUUCAAUUGAUAGUGAUGCUUUUUCAAUGAUAUAUAUGUCAUAUUAUGAUAAAAUAAUUAUAUAGUUACUUUAAUAAUAUUUGUUUAAUAUUGUAACGAUUUUCCCGGUUUUACUGCGUUUUUUCCCGAUUCUUCACAUUUGCUGGGAAAACUUUUGGAUAAUUCGAAAAAUGACUUCUUUAAAGUACCUCCCCAAUCAGAUUUUCUUUUAGAAAAAGUACUAUCGUUGUAAAUUGGAGCGAAAUUGCUGGUAGAAAAGUUGUCUACAUAAAAAAGAAAACCGUCAUAUUUUACUAAUAUAUUUUGUACCUUUUUUCCGUUUUUCUCCUUUUUUUUCACGAUUUUUCCCAAUUAUUGGGAAAAUUCCUGAGAAAAUCAAAAAAUGACCUCCCUAAGUUAUUAUGGAGACUUAAUUUUCUUUUAGAAAAUAAGCUACAAUUGAUACAUCAGAGCAAGAUUUUUCGUAGAAAAGUUCGCAAAAACAAAUCAAUGGGUAUUUUGCGAUUCAAAUAGUCCGAGUGAGCGAUGUCUUGGGUCUCUAGGUACACUUAAAAUGCAUUUGUUUUUUCCGUGUUUAGGUAAAAGGGAAAAAAAAUGAAAACAAUUUUUUUUUUUGAAACACGCGUUCGAACUCGCGAAAUCUAGGAUGAAAAUAGGUAUGUAUAACUUAACCAUACAGCUGCGAAAAAUCACUUUAGAGAAGACAAUAUUUAGUUAUUUAACAUAAGAUAAUAUGUUGUUAUAUUAUAAUAUCCGCAUAACAUCAGAACUUUAAAAAGCUAUAAUUUUAAAACUUAGUCAGUUCGCUCAACUCUGACUUCACCAUCGUUCUUAAAUUGGCAAUAUACAUAUGUUCAAAAAAAAAAAGAUUGAAAAAUUAUAUUUGUUCCAUAUAAUUUUAUACUCAACGAUUUUCGUCAAAAUUUAAUAUUCAAAUUCCUUUAUAAAAAAAAUACUACAUUUUACUUAAAUUUUCUUUUUUGACCACAAAGUAAGACUGAUGAUGAAUCUCCUGUUAAAUUUCCAAGCAUUUCUAUUAAGUCUAACAAUUUUACUACAGAGUACCUACCAAAUAAAAAUUAUAUACAAAACUCGCAAAAUUAAAAUAUCUAUAAAUACUUUUAAAAAAAAUAGCACAAUAUUUCAAAAAUUUGACCACGUCCAGAAAAGGUAAUUAUAAGUUUUCUAUUCAAAUAUAAAGUCUUUACGAAUAUUUUUAACUAAAUAACAUUAAAUAACAAAAUUGGAAAAUAAUAAAAACAUUAUUUUUGUGAAUUUCCCAUUUUUCUUACGUUUUAUCCUGGAUUUCCCAGAUAUUAUGAAAACCGGUCUGGACAACAUUUCUUUUCAGAAGCAAGAUUUCUGGUCAAAUUUUUGUACACACUAUAAAAAAAUUAUAAAUAAACACCUUAGUAAAAUCAAUACAUUCUUCGCUACACUCAGAAUUUAAAACCAUUUAACGUAAGACAUGAAAAAAACCGAGCAUUUUUACGAGCACUACCCAUAAAAUUGUAGUUUUCCGAAAAACAACACCUUCGUAAAACUAAACAUUCUUCGUUUUACUCAAAAUCUAAAAAGUCAGGUGGGUGAUAUUGAGGCCUCAACAUCGGCCAUAAGUAUGCCACUGCAAUAAUUACAAAAUCAUUAGAAAAAGUUUACUAUUUUCAUGACAAAAUCAAUAUAUGCAUUAUGCAAGUAUUACACGUAUUUAUAUCCAAAAAUUACACAGGUCAAGAUUUUCGCACACCUGUAUACAAAUAUAAUUUGAAUAAAUGAUUAUAAUAAACUGUUAUGUUAUUUUCAUGGUUGGUUAUUAUUUAACUGUACGAUAUUUGUGUUGUUUAUUGUUGCAGUGUAUAAUGCAGUGCCACUAGCGUCAUGAGCGUAUAUUUUAACCCCUAAACAACGUAUUAAAAAAUUACGCCACUGCAGUGCGGUGUUAAAUUUUGGAAUCAAAUACCAUUUUUUCUUCAGUUCCAUAUCUUCAAUACGAAGAUAUGUAAUUUGAUUCGCGCGUAAUUGGAAUCGUAUUUAAACGAAAAAGUUGUCUCUAAUUUAUCUAUAUAUGACAUGCGUAUAACAACAUUGCCAGAUAGCUUUUUGAAAGGUAUUAUAUAGACCACGCGGCUCUCCAAGAAAUAAUACUACAGAUAGUAAUCUCUCGAUAAUGCCAUACCCAUUGGCACAGAUAAGAAGGAGGGGUUAGUCCUGCUCUAAAACUCAGCCAAAUUCCCUUAAUUAAGUCCUCAUCUAAUAAGUACAAAAUAUACAUAAUUUUCUAUUCUGAACGCAGCAAAAAAUGUAUUGGAUUUAUAUGAUGUAUGCUAAUAAUAAUUGUUAGUUUUUUUUUUUUUUUUGAUAUAAACUGCUUUUCUACCAGAAAUCUUGCUCCAAUAAAAAAAAAAACUAGUGAACAUUAUUGUAGUAUUUUGGAUCUAGUUAGUGUAUUUAGGAAGACAUUUUUGUCAAAUUUUUCCCGAUAAACGACACUAUUGCAUUUUAUAUAGUAUUUGUUAUGUAUAAGAUUAUAAAUAGGCCUAGGGACUUAUAGCUCUAAAUAUCAUCCAAAUUUACUUUAAAAAUUAAUAAAAAAUAUCCUCUAAAAAAACAAAGUAGUUUUUAUUAAAAUUAUAUAAUAAAAACUUAACAUAUAACUAAUUAAUUUUUUUAUUUAUAAUGCCAUUUAUACGAUAACUUUUGUGUUUUAAGAUGAAUCAUUUGAGAUUUAUUGAUCUAACUCGAUGCUUGUUUGUUAACUAAAUUAUCUAUUUUACGAUAGUCUGUUCGACUAUGUUAUCGUAUCACAUCAGUGCGUAUGAAUAUGAAUAAUGUAAGUCAAGAAACGCGUAUAUAAUAAGUGGCAUACAUUAAGAUAAGAUAUGAGUGUGUGUCCUCUUGUUCAUAUCACUUAAAAUCUACAUACUUCUAAAAAGUAAAAGCUAUAAAUUAUGCAAAUAUAUGCAAAAUAAAAUUUAGGAUUUAGAUUCUUUACGUUAUGAUUAACAGUAUAUAUGUUCGACCGUACUAUUUUUUUAAUAUUUCAUAAAUAAUAUGCAAAUGACAGAAGUUCCUAACCCUAAUAAUGAAUAUGAAAUGUCCACAUUACUUAAAAAUUGAAAAAUAAUUUUUUUAUUUUAAUCAUGAUAGUUAUUUUUUAGUCUGGUUUUGUAUUAUAAUUUAUGAAUUUAUAACUGACUAAUAUUAUAGUAUUGGAUUCAUUUUAGACGUCAAUAAUUAUAUUCUUUAUACAUAUUUGGCCUUGUGCUCUAAUAAACAAAUAUCUAUAAUAUCGAAAAUUAACUGAUUGAACUAUAUUUGUUAAGACUAUUCUUAAUUAUAGAUGUUUUAAAUUGUCGUUAACAAUUUUUAAUAAGCUAUGGCAAUUCAUAACCAUUCAAUGCCUUAAGUAGAUGUCUGUCGUAGUUACUAUAUUUAAGUUUUAAAUUUAGAAGUAAGUUAUUUGAAUUUUUUUUUAUUUUUCAUCAAAUUAAAUUAUAAGGUUCAUGACAUUUUAGUUUCUUAGUUAUAUAUAUAUAACACGUAAACAGCAAAGCUCCGUCACUAUAGUCGAAUUUUUCCCCAUCCCAUUUGCUGUUAUUUCAUGAUUUUUUGUAUAGUGAUAAGGAAUUGAACAAAAAAGAGUUUUACCAAAAUAACCAUACAAACAAACAGUGGAGUCGGGUGUUAGAAAUUCAAAUCUUCUAAAGACACAUCCUCGACAAGAACUGUUUUUAUAUAUACAUAUUUUAACCAAGUUUCUUGCUUUUAUGAGUCUUCAAAAGAAUUUAAAACACGCUAUUUGCUGUGAAAAUAUUAAUUCUAAACAUAAAAAUGGUUAGAGAGGGGAUUGAAAAUCUAAACCAUCAAAGGGCACAUCUUUUGUAUUCUUACACCACGCAUAUACACGAUUUUAUCUUCUUGGUUUUAUUUAGGGGUGGGUCUAUAAGGGUAUACAAAGCUCAAAAAUAUGCUCUACCCACAACAACAUGGUGAAAUUCUUAUUAAAAUUCAACUAAAUUUUCUUCAAUCAGUCAACAAAAAAAAAACCCUAAUUCCCGAGUUUGAGUUCUUUUGGUCCAAAUAAAGCCACUGAAAGUAACUAAAUGUAUCAAGAAAAAAAUAUAUAAAUAAAUAUUUAUAUGUAACAGAUACAAUACAGUCUCUUAUUUUCUGAACGUUAUGAUGUGGGUUUUAUUAUUAUCGUUUGAUCAAUUUUCUAUUUCACAUCAUUAAAUUUAUAAUAUGCAGAUUUUUCUUUGCCAAAGAACUAUCACGAGUUUAUUCGUAUAAUUUGUUCCAGACGUCUAAUAUUUGACUAGGUAAGUUAAGUAUCCUGUCACAGAUUUCAAAUAAGUAGAAAACAUUUGAUUCGACGAUUGUCUAAACAUUUGGUAAAGUAAACUUAGUGCUUGAAUUGGAAAAAUAAAAUAAAGGGGAAUAUGAGACAUAAAAAAUUAUUGUCCCUUAAUGAUUGAAUUCAUCCUAUAACCCGUGAUAGGCUUCGGCUCUACACCCUCCUUAUACUAUUUUUUUAAAAAAUGCAUAAUCUACUACAUUUAACACAAUCCAUAAAAUACAACAAUUUUUAGACUAACAGUAAUUAUUUAUUGUUAACUAAUAAGGUUAUAUAAUUAAACAGUUACAUUCGACAAUCGUUAAUCGUGCUAAUUGUUUAUCAUUUAUUUUAUCAUACAAAGUUGCAAACAUUCAUUACAAAAAAAAAUUGUAUUACUGGACGAUAAAUUUAAAAAAAUUAUAUUUUUAUGUUGACGGUAGGUCAAUAAAUUUUUUUGAAAAUAUUAUUUACUCAGAGAGAUAUACCCGUCCUCCUCAUACCAAUAUAAAUAAUUAUCAAGGGAACACUAAAAAAAAAAAAAAUAAAAAGAAGCUCCCCUUCCAAGUUAAGCACUGGGUUCACUACAACAUAUUGAUCUUAUAAGUACACUAUAAUCCCAUCAUGCUAGCCAAUAUUUGUGUACGUACCUCCAUAUAAUUUAUACUCUAUAAGAGCGGCCUUUGAUACACCGAAAUCUUUAACAAAAUAUGAGGGUUAUGUUAACAGGUACACAAGUGUUUUGCAUUACUAUUUGUACUGUAUAUGACUUGACUAAGAUUUGUAUUUUCUAUGCAUAGCAAUCCAUAUAUUCAUUUGGGUCUCAUUAUAUUGAAUAGCAACAACACUAUUAUCAUAUUGUCGAUUUGAAACGUAAUAUUUUUCUAGGUUUGUAUAUAAGUACAGUUCUUUUAUUCUGGCUUGCGACAGCUCUGUUGAUACGACGAAAAUCCUAUAGGACCAACGUAAGGACCGUCUCGGUGUUGCUGACAGAUCUACAUGAAACGUUGUAACGGUAAAUGUUACGAAUUUUAAAUUGUACGCUUUAAACAUACGCUAUAUUAUGUAAAAUCAUUGUGAUGUAGAUUUAAUAUGAACGGAAUCGUACUUGAUUUUGGAAAAAAUGAAAUAAAAGAAAAUAAUAUACAUGCCUAAUUAUGGGUCUGAUCCGUCAUCGUUGCGAAAUAAUACAAACAAUUGUUUCGAUUCAUCAAUGACUCCUAGAAGUUACUCGAAUCAACAAAAACCAGAAGAAGGAAUGGCUUUGCCCCACAACAAUAAGAGUCAGGUACGUUAUCCAUGGGUAUAAUACGUAAAUAUUGUGUUUGUUUUACAUAGGUGAUAAUUAUAUUCAUAAACUAUUCGUAUAUUUAUUUUUUUCUUUCUAUCGAUUCGAUCGGUAUUUAUACUUUUAAAAAAAAAAAUAGUCUACGUGAUAAUAAUAAAAUCCUACUAUUACAAUAAUUUAGCAUCGAUCGAAUCGAUGACCACGAUGACCGGAGAUUCUAUAAGAACCCAGAGAGAUUAAAAUUCCACGGUGAAUAAAUAAUGAGAUAAUAAUCUUUGGAAAUAAGACGUAUUUAUAUCAAAUUGCUAUAUACAGUGGUGCAGUUGUGGUGAACAGCUGAAAUAUGCUGGGGGGAUAAAUCACGAACGGAAGUAAGAGUACAACUACUGCUAUAGAAGUAUUUAUAUAAUAUGCAAGUAAUAAUUGAAAAUAAACGGAAAUUCUUGAGAGUACGUGAAUAUAUUAUUUGGAAGUGCAUAUAUAGAUACUUGGAAGUAGGUAGGUAGGUACAUUCGAAAAUGUCAAAAGUAUAAGAAAUUAUUUUAAUGAAUUUUAAACAUUGUGGUAUUUUGUAAAACAAAUACAUAAAUACACAUAGAGUAGAUUAGUAAAGAACCGAACACUUGUAAUUAAUUGAAAUUAAUUUGAUACUAAUAUAAUAUUUGCUAUGAACAUUUUUUACUAGCGUUACCUAUAAUAAUAAUAAUAAUAAUAAUGUAUGACGUUGUAAUGACUUAGUUUAUGAGCAAAAAAAUAAAACACAUUGCAUUCAACUGUAACCAACAUAGGUAUAGGUUAGAUUAUUAGACAUUUUCAAACAAAAUAAACUGUGACUUCACAUCAUAUUAUUGUGAUUCAUAUGAACUGCGCGUUCUCUCGUUUCUAUAUUCCAAAAUAUGUACUCUGUUAUCCGUCGACUCCCAUCCGUUUACGUAUAAACAACACCGAUAAGAUAGCGUCAAAUCACGGAUUUAGAUAAUUCGACAACGCAUAACAAUGUUAAGUAUUGACAUUUCUUAUUAUCUUCGGGCAAUAAAGGUGCGUAAACGCAAGGUAUGCCCUGGCGUACCCUGUGAGCAGACGGUUUUUUAUGGGGGGAAAGGAUCACUAAAAAAUUCCCAAAAUUAUGCUUCCUAAGAAGAGAUCAAAAUGACAAAAUAUUCAAUAUCUGUAUAGUACCCGCGAAAAUAAAACUUUCCAAUUUCGAAAUGAAUAAUAACAGGAUAAAGCCUCCAUAUACCCAUGAAUGUUACAAGUAACACCUACCUGUGUAAACAUAAUUUUCAGAAACCAUACAUUUAAAAGAGUUUUCACCACUGAUCCUAACCAUUAUGUAAUAUAAACACGAAACGAAAUCAAAAAUAAAACUGAUAACCUCGAGCUCUCCAAAAAAAAAAUCGUGUAACAUAAACGUGUACAUUUUUAUUUCUGUAAGAGGUACAUGAUUUCUUUACAAACAAUUCAAAAAUUUUAAUUUAAUAUUGUAUCAUUAAAAAAAUAAAAAUAACCUUCUGUUUUAAAUAUUUAUUAUAUAUCAAAUAUUUCAAGAUUGUAUUGCUUUAUUUUAGAUUCUGAGCGAACGAGGUGUGUAUUGGUUUUACAAUAAUGUUUUUUUUUAUCUGUGAACAACUUUUUAACCAUAUAUUUUGCAUUUAUUUUCAAGUUUAGUGCUUUUUCUGACUGAAGUGGUACUUUAAAGGAGAUCAUUUUUUGAUUUUCCGAGGAUUUUCCCAAUAAAUAGGAAAAAACGACCAUUUACAAAAUAUAUUAUGUUUUCAAUUUUUUGUUUUUUUGUUUUGAUUUGAUUUAAAAUAUUUAUAGACUUGAAAUUUAGACAGAAAACUUAUAUUUACCGUUUUCACGUAGUAAAAUUUUCAAUGUAUUGUAGUCAUUUUUGAGCUAUUUUUAAACAUAUUCAUUUUAGGGGUUUUUUCUACGUAAUUUUUGUUGGGUAGAUACUCUAUAGAUAAAAUUGUUAGCCAAACAGAAAUGCUAGAAAAUUUAACAGAAAGUUCAUUAUAAGUCGUACUUUUUUGGAAUAAAAAAUUGAGUUUAAUUUAGUAUUUCUUUCAUUCAUAUAAGAACUUUAACAUCAUAUUCCGAUAAAAUUCGUAAAUAUUACAAUGCAACACUCCGAACUCCGCUCAGAAUCGUUUUUCUUUAGCAAUGGGUAAUUAGAUAUACAUUCGAUUUCCUCUUUAAUUUCCCAACUUCUCACCUACAACAGUGGCCCACCCAUCGUAUGAAGUAUGUCCGUAUCUUUUGUUUUUUUUUAGAUUUGAAUGUAUUUAAAAAUGUUUUAUUCUGCUUAAACUGACAUAAACUGAUAUUAUUCUGUAUCCUAUUUAAUAAAUAUUAUCACAUUUUUAAGAAAAUAUAUAUGUAUUUAAAAUAUUAUGUUUUUCAACAUAAAAUAAAACUGUCGAAAAAAUGGUCGGUAUAUAUUUAAUUACAAUAAUUAUACGUUUUUAAGGCAAUGGUGUUAAUAUUUAUUUUAAGGGUGUUUAAUCAAUUAGAGUGACACAUUUUAAGCACAGAAUGUAUAUAGUAUUUAUUUGUUUAACUAAAAUAAAAACGUCAAACUUGUGUAUCUUUCGUUAAAAAUGAUGAUAUUUUUAUUUUGCUUUACAAUCGCCGCUUUAAAAUUUUUGUUUUUGUUAUUGUCACCCAGUGUUGGAGAGGUUAUUUUUAUUGUGUAAUUAAAUUACGUUAUUAAUUAAUUUUCGAAAUUGUAACUAGAAUUGUUUUAAGUUAAUUUUUGUUUAUUUGAUCAAGUUACAUUAUUUUUGAGUUAAAAAAAGUAACUUCAUUACAAUAAAAUAGUUAAAUACUUAUUUUUUUCCCAAAAAUAAUAUUGAAUCUUAAUAAUUAUGUUGUCAAUAUAAAUAUAUGACAAUAGAACAAUAGGUAUAUUAACUAUAAUAAUGAAAACCCACAAAAUGAAAUUAUUAACACAUACUCAUUUUGCAACAAUAAUAACAAAUAUUUGAGUAAUAUUAAGUAUAUACAAGUUUAUACAUUAUAAGCAUAACAACAGCGAUAACAGUAACGAGUAAUUUAGAGAUUUAACUGCAAAAAAGUAACUUAAAUUACGUAUAAAUUAUUUACAAUAAAAUAUAAUUAAAUUACAAUCAAAUUGCUUAAAAAUUAAUUCCGUUACAGUUACUAUUGUAACUUAAGUUUAGUCACUCUCCAACACUGUUAUCACACAUUAUAUAUUAAGCGUAGGUAAAUGUAAUACUUGCUGAAUUGUGCCGAGACAGGGCAUUUUUUUAAGGAGCCGUUCUGUGUCCAAAUAGACAUACGGUCGAGUCCAUUGAACACUCAGUGGAUUACAAUUUGCUUAUUAUACGUCCAUCACAGAAAAUGAAUGGUAAAUUAUCGAAUAAGUAGAUUUAGUUUCAAAAUAUUAUAUCAAUUUAUACUUGCCCUGACGGCGGAUGGGAAAAUGUCCGAAAUGUUGAAAGGGAGGUCUGUCUGUUCGAGGAACUUUUAAAAUGGGGGAGGGGUGUGGACACGUAAUGGAUAUUCGCUAAAAAAAACAUUACCCGUGCCACGAAACGCAUCUUUUAUUACAUUUUUCGAAUAACAUUUUACUAGGCGCCUAUACCGUUCGGUUUUAAUCACUAUUGCGUGUAUAUUAAAACGCACAAUGUUUUUCGCGAUGCAUUUCAAAAUUUAUUGGUAUACCUACUUGCUGCGCCUCCUCCUUCCAUUCGCUCGUUCUAUUCGAAAACCUACGACUAUAACUGCGUGUACGCCGGCAGACACCGGACCGCAGUGUAAUAAUAUUAUGUUUUAUUAACUGAUAUAACAAUAUUACAAUUUUUUAAUACGUGCCUCCUACUAACGUUGCGAUACGACUGUCAAUAUUCUCUCUCGUUUACAUUUGAAAUGUUAAUUUUUUUUUUUUAUAAUUAUCAAAUAGAUGCCUACCCGUACACAUAUUAACGUUAUUUUACUAUAUUCGUUUCCGAACCGCGUCUUGAUAUUACGUAAUCACUCAAAACGCGGAUAUUUGUGAACACCUACAUACGUUGUUAGACUAUAUAAUUUCAUACUAUCCGAUUUUUGACGGAAACGGAUCGGAUCGGACCUAAAAACGGGCUGUGUUUUUAAAAUCCGAUCGUUAUCCGUUUCUUCAACAACUCGUCAGUUCCAUACGGCAUAUACGAAGUGAGUACAUAAUUUUUUUCGAAUUUAUUAUUUUGUUUUAAUAAAUUGGUAUCGUGGUAAAAAAUCGAUUUAAAUAAAUAACGUUUUUAAAACAGUGUUUUAACAUAAACGGGUUUUAAGAACAAAACCGUAUAGUUGGGUUGUCCAUCCAUGAAAAUUAUAAUAAUAUUAUAAUAUUAUGAAUAAUAUAAAUAUGAAUAGUCGUAACAAUGACGAACGGAAACUAAAACGUGCCCGGUUAUCGGACAGAAAAUCAACGUGUGUGAAGGGCUCCAUCUAUUUAUACAUUAGUCAACAAUCGGACUGUUUAAAAAACCACUCCGACAUCGGAAAACCGUCGAGAUGAUUCGAUUAAUCUCCGAUUGUCGAACCUAUAGAUUUUCGUCCGUUGGUGAAAUCGGAUAGUGUAAAAUACUUUCAACCUGACUUAACCUUUCAACUUCAAACGUUUUAAAUUUUUGUCCAGUACGUUUCCGUCGAAAAUUCGGAUAGUGUGAAAUAGACCUUAUAUACAUACUAUAAAUACGAGUAUCCUUGCGGAACUCGCGCGGCUGUAGGCUGCCACUAUGCAUUCAUCGUUAAGUGUCCCAAAUUAAUUUAAUAAAAACACAUCAACGACAUAUUAUUAUAAUAUCCGAAAAAUUCCUCACCUUAUAAAUUAAUGGUCUUUAACCCCUGGCCCCCAUAACCUAUAAUCCGACACGGGUCACCGUCAAUCGUAUAGAAAACUAUUUGUAAAAAUGCUCUAAAAUUAUUCUCCAACUUGCCUAGUAAGACUGAUAAUAUUAGAUAAUUUGUACGGCUAAAUUCCAAUUUGUCUUUUAAGCAAAUUGACAAUAUUGUAGUUAAAUUAAAAACUAAACUUAAUCUCAUACUAUAAAAUAUGUUCAAGUAUACUAAUUUCAAUGACUUAGGUACGAUUUUAUUUGUGUAAGUAAGGACUAUUUUGUACGCAAAAUAUUUAUUAGCAAACAUUUGGUUCCGAAAAGUUGAUUUGUAUGUUAUUUUCAAACACACUUUUUAAUUAGGAAAAUGCGCCAAUUUUAUUCGCAGUUCCACAAUAAAAAAUGCGGAAUUUUUGCCCUAUGGUACUUUCGUAUUAUAUCUUAAAAGAUGCAGAUUUUUCGUCUAGUAAUACUUUAUUUAAAAAAAAAAAAUGCCCAGGCCCGAACGGUUUUUCUAUACAGUUUUAAAAACUAAUGUAUCAUAGAUUUAUUUUUAUUGAUGUCUGGGUUAUAUUGAUAAUGGGGGAAAACCACGAUAUAUACUGCUCCGCUCAGAAUCGUUUUUUUUUUUUGUUCGUAAUGAUUUAUCGUAGCACACACAUUAAUAUAUAAAUCAAAUUACUCCAUAUGUUCAUAAUUUUUACUGUAUAUCCUACGUUUCAUCCCCAAAAUAUUUUUUUUUUAGAGGAAGAGAGGUCUAUCCAGGAAUAGUUUCACCUAUCAAACCCCCGUAUUUACGCCACUAUCUCAUUCGACAAUAAAAAUGAUAGAAUACAUUAUGAUCGAGACGUUAUUAUUAUUUAACGAUGACCUCGUGUAUCGAUAUUUAAAAUAUUAUAUCGUUAUAUUUAUCUACUUGGCUCUGAUAAGAGAUCUUUUUAUAUUUGUAUAAUUUAAAAUACACAGAAAAUAUCCGUCGAAACGGAUAACGAAUAACGUCUGAAAUAUAAUUUACCUAAUAAUAAAACCUAAUGAAAUAAGAUCUUGAAAAUCGAUAAGAUUAAUGUUAUACAGUAAUAUUAUAAUAAUACGAGAUAAGUAAUUUCAUUUAAUAAAUGUAAUAUAAUAAUAUUAUAAUGCGCACGAGUAUUUUAAACGCGGUCGGGAUAAAUUGUGUGGCGCGACGAACUCGAUAUUAACCUAAACGUAGGUAUAUAUAGUUUAGCCAAGCGUCCGUGAAAUAUUAAAUACAAACUUGUAAAUACUUGUACAAAGUACUCGGGGAAGUGCCCGCGCUUAAGUAUUCGGAUUUUGGCCGUGCGCGCAAGUAUUUCCAGGACGAUAAAUUUGAUUGUGACGGUUUAUUAUCGUCGUCGCGUGUGUGUGCAUACCGAAAUUGUGACGUUCCGGGGUCGACGAGAACGACCGCGUAAUUUUUAUCCGCGAGGGGAAAAACAUCAUCGGUAGGUACAGGAAAUAAUAUGACGACGGCGACGACGUUUACUUUUCCGCUUCCGCUCCCCGCGCCGUCUUAUUCCCAGCCGCCGCGGCCGCCUCCACCGCCGCGCGAGUGUCGCUAUUAUACAUUAUUAUAAAAAAUAAAAAAAAAGGGUAGGUCAGGGAGCGUUUAGCACGUUCGGCUGCACUUGUCAACAAUAAAUUUACCGAAAACUCGAGAAAACGUUCGGGCACACACAACAAGAGCUGUAAUAAUAAUAUUAUUACUGUCAGUAUUAUUGUUACGUUUCGGCGUAAAAUAAAAAAAAAAUACGCGACAUAAUUCGCACGACGGGUGGGCCACUGUUGUAGGUGAGAAGUCGGGAGAGUAUAGGAUAUAUAGACGAGGGGAAUUCAAUGUACACACAGCUGUACAGUUAAUCAUUGCUAACGAAAAACGAUUCUGCGUGGAGUUCGGUUGUACGUGUCUUAAAAGACCGUAAUAUUUACGAUUUUCGUCAAAAUUCGAUAAUAAAAUUCUUUUAAAAAAAAAAAUAUUACAUUGAACUCGACUUUUUCUUGUUGGCCGCUAUAAGUACAACUAUUACAAUGAACCUCUAGUUAAAUUCUCAAGCAUUUCUGUUUGGCCAACAGCAGUUUUAUCCUCAGAGUACUUACCGAAUAAAAAUUACGUGUAAAACUCAUAAAAUUAAAAAUCUAAAAAUAGUUCGAAAACGGCUGGAAUGUUUUGAAACGAGUUUUCAGUCGAGAUUUCAAGCCUUUACGAACAAUUUGAACUGAACAACGACAAAAAAAUAAAAUUAAAAAUGUUCGUAAAGUUUCCCGUUUUUCCUACGUUUUUUCCCAAUUAUUAUUAAAAACUACUAGGAAAAUCAAAAAAUUGCCGACCAAAUAAGUACCAAUUAGAUAAAAUUCCCUUUCAGAAAAGCUUCCGAACUUGAUACAGCUGAUGAAAAUUGCUGGUAGAAUUGUUGGUACAUUGCAGUUGGCAUAAAAAAAAUAAAUAAAUAAAUUUCGUUAUAAAACCAAUACAUUCCUCGCUUCCAUUCAGAAUCCGAAUAACACAUAUAUUCGCACUGUAUAUUAUAGCGAUGGAAAAAAUGCGUAUUCGGCAGAUAAGUUCGAAAACCCGGAUUCGGGAUUUUCAGAAUACCUACUGAUUAUUAGAUUAUUUUACGAUUUUUUUUUUUUUUUUUUUUUUUAAUAAUAAAAGUUAUAUUUUAAUACAACUGAACAGAAAAAACAAUCGUAAUUUGCACCGUAUUAGAAUAUGGAAUCAGAACAUAGAAACCCCGUAUAGAAAACGUGUGCAUAUUCCGAUUUUGAAAUCCCGAAUCCGGAAAUUUGUGUUCGUCCCGUCACAACAUUAUUUUGUAGUUUGCGCAUAGAUCGAUCUCUGAAAUUAAUAAAAAUUCUAUUCUAUUAUUCCUAUUAUCCCUUAUAGGGAAAUAUUAUGCUUAGGUCUGUAUACUGCAGUGUACCGUUUACUGCGCAGUUUCGGAAUAAUUAAAUUUUACGAUUUACGCGUUUACCCCGUGUCCCGCGGUUCGUGUCCGAGGACUUCGCGUGACUUUGAAAUGACCUGACGUUUGUAAUAUUUGAUCGGCCCGAAUUAAUUUCUCCCGGUCUUUUCAAACGCGUAUUAAUUUAACGUAUUCUAAUAAACAAACGUAUAAAGUGCGAUCGAUUAUUGCCGAUUGUUCAUUGAUGCCGAACAUUGCCGUCGUGUUCUUUAUCAAUACUGCAAAAUGAAAAAUUAAUAUAGGUAGGUGUGCACCUAGCUGCUAUCCCCGCGUAUUCAUUUAAUCGUUUCACUGCACGAGAGAGCCGAAGCGGGAACACGGUAAAACUAAUUCGUUUCGAACCGCGUACAUUAUGCCCGCAAACGUUAUAGUUUGAAUAGGGUAAAACUAUGCCCGAACUUUGCUCGGAUGCACGCCCUAAAGUAACGUGUUUCGGUUAAACGCUACUAAACGCGCAUUUUAUGCCUGUACCGUAUGUAUAGUUGCAUAAAAACAAAAAAACGAAAAUCACUACAAAUAUUUCGAAGAGUAUCGACAGGCAAGAAAUCACUAAAACGAUUCGUCGCUAUAUUAUAACGCAACGAAAACAAUAAAAAUUAUAGAAAGCCAACGCGUCCGAUUAUUAUUUUUAUUAUUAUUAUUAUUAUAAUGCAUUAUAUACGUAUACCAUAAUAUGUUAUACGAAUAUUUCUGUUUGGUUAUUUUUUUUUUUUAUGAAAACGUUAUUGCUUUACGUAUGCAUUGGAUGAGAUGAUAAUACGCGAUAUGAUACGCGCAAAUGCAGGGGCGGCGAACGCGAGAGGGAAUACACCGUCCCCGUGUUCUUUUUUUUUCCCCCUCCAAUAUUUGUGUAAAAAAAGUUAAAUAAAUAAAUAAUGUAAACACUCAACAGUAUAACGGAUGUUAAAAAGUGUUGAAACGUCGGCCCCGUGACAAAACCGUUUGACUGUCGCCGUCAACGCGUUGUGGAAUCGAGGAGAAAACGUCCGCGAGCGGUAAAGCCGUCCGAAACGAAACACGGAAACGUAAGUCGUGAAAAACUCGAUAAAAAAAAAAAAAAAAAAAAAUAAAAAAAAAAAUAGCUAAAAUCUCAGUAAUUAUUCGUCUUUGGGCAUUGCGUGGCAGAACGUUUGUAUUACAAAAUAUUGUUCAUUUAUCAAACAUAGGUAUCGCGGUGGGAUAUUACGUCGGUUCAUUCACACGUCGCCGAUUCCCAUUUUGCCGACAACAUUUGAUUUUUCUAAAUACUUGCCUGUGACGUGCGUUGCUUAAGGCGCUCAUCACUACGUUCUACAAUGGCUCAUGCAGAAACAACUCGUUUUCGUUGUCGUUUCUGCAUGGAUUACAUCAGUUUUCCCGAAUUGUCACCGUACUCAAACUUAAAUUGUGAAAAUACAAAAAAAAAAAAAAAAAAAAAAAAUUAUUUUCAACAUAUAUCUAAUCGUUGAUUGCCUAGUGUAAUUGUCAACGGUUUUUGUAUUUUCGAUAAUUAUACUAAAUUUGUACAUUUACUUACGCCCAUGGCGUGAUCGCGGCGCUGGAAUUUCAUUAGCAUCUGACGGAAUAAUUCCGUUGCAACAACGAUAUUUCAAUUCGAAACCAAGUA